AGUGAAAAGAGUAUUUUCAGAGUGCCCGCAUAUUGAACACUGUAAGAGGAGAAGAUGCAGUUCAUCAUUGGACAAUAAGUGUCUUGAGUGUAACUAUGAUCAAAUACUGUUCAAGAAAAUACAGAACGACACAAAAUGUGAACAAAUGCCUCAGAAUUUAACACUACAUCUAGAAAAUCCACCAAGCAAGGACCAGGAUCUAACUAAAAAUGCAGUUCUUUUAAAGUGUACAACUGGGUGUAUUUCUUCAACUCCAUCAUUUAUAUGGUAUUAUUUGCAGUCUUCGGAUGAAUCUGGAUCUAAAUGGUCAAAUUCAGAGCCUGUCACAGAAACACCUGGGCAAUGUAAAGAAUUUCAAAAGAUGUUCACCUCUACUUUAGUACUUCGAAAAUACACAGUGUUCAAUGACAAUGCUGACCAUACCGUCAGAUUUCAAUGUGGUGCAACGAUUAUGAAUGAUACAUCUGAUGAAGUAAAAACACAGUCAUCUGUAAAUAUCAGAUUUGCCGUAAGAGUUGUGAAGGUAUCACUUAAGAUUGGAAAUAGUUCUAGGGUCAGUUCUCUAAACGUUACCGAUGGUAUUUCGGAAGUAUUCAAAUGUCCUCCACGGCCUAGUUGGCAAGCAAUUACGAAUACAACUUGCUCUAUUGGCGCGCCUGUUACAUUAACAUUUACUGCUAUUGCAUAUCCAACGCCAAGUUCUGAUUGUUUCAAAUGGUACAAACAAAUCUCGAAUGAAUGGAUACCAUUACAAAGUAAUAAAGAUGUACAGAUAUCUGUAAAAGGACUGGAAACAAACCUUACGAUUGUCAAUGUAACUCAGGCAAACCUGGGCCAAUAUCGAUUAACAGUUGAAAACAGCGUCGGAAUAUAUAACCAGUAUUAUUUCCUUAUUGAAAAAGAUGACCCCAGUGUUGAUGUUGGAAUAGAAACUAUGGUCAGUAGUAAUUUCAAAACUGUAACAAUAGUAUUGGCAAUAAUUUCUGUCAUAUGUGCUGGUACUCCAGCUUGCAUCGUGAUUUGGUUUAAACGAAAAGCCAAAGGAACAGAGGGAAAACAAUGCACUAAGUCUUUACAUCAAAGCCAAAUUGGAAGUUUUGACAAUCAAUCAUACGAAACAGAAAUGCAGGAAUGUACCGGACGUGUAUACGACAAUCUACCGCAACAAAAUGCUGAUUCAAAGGCGUUUUCUAGGGACGACAUGACAACCUAUGACGUUAUAGAUAAUAGGCGAUAA